CCCUCGGCAGGACUCUAGCUCUGGGGCUGGGUGGAGGGGAGUUAAGGGUUCGCACGUGCGCAAAGGCUCCCGCAGUUUUCCACCACCUUCGCUCCCUAGCAAAAGGACGCGCGGGGAGCGAGGUGGGGAGGGCGACAGAGACCCCGUCCACGCCUCGUAACUGGAGCUGCCUGGUGCUCCGGGAAGGAUCUGGGCUGUGAGCACUGAAGGAGAUAACUUCGGUAUUCACUUCCUAAGCAUUGAGUUUCAGGAGUGGAUUCUGUCCUCCCUCCCUUCCUGCACUCGAUUGGGGGGACAGGCUUGGGAAGCCUCAAGUGAAGAGGGCAGAGGAGCCACAGUACGCAGUGCAGUGAUGUCAGCCUAGUGCCCCCACCAUGGGCAACACGCAGGAGAGGCCAUCAGAGACGAUCGAUCGCGAGCGGAAACGCCUGGUAGAGACGCUGCAGUCGGACUCGGGGCUGCUGCUGGAUGCGCUGCUGGCACGGGGCGUGCUCACCGGGCCCGAAUACGAGGCGUUGGACGCGCUGCCUGAUGCCGAGCGCAGGGUACGUCGCCUGCUGCUGCUGGUGCAAAGCAAGGGCGAAGCCGCCUGCCAGGAGCUGCUGAGCUGCGCCCAGCGAACCGUGCGCGCGCCCGACCCCGCCUGGGACUGGCAGCACGUGGGCACGGGCUACCGAGAACGAAGCUACGACCCUCCAUGCCCAGGCCACUGGACUCCUGAGGCAGCUGGCUCAGGGACCGCAUGCCCCUGGCUGCCCAGAGCUUCAGAUUGCGAUGAGGCGCGGGGUCCUGAGGACUCCGAGGCAGCGCAAUCCGGAACCCUCGAGGAAACUGAGCCAGAGCUGGAAGCUGAGACCUCUGAAGGGGCUGAGCCGGAGUUGGAACCCCAAAUGGAUCCUGAACCAGAGCCAGGGACGGAACCAGAGCCCGACCUGGAGCCGGAGCCCGACCUGGAGCCGGAGCCCGACCUAGAGGCUGGGGACGAAUCUGAAGAUUCCUGAAAGCCUUAAAGCUGACAGGCCGCUCCUCGCCCUAGCAGGAUGGGAUCUAGGAUCCUGCCCUGCCGGGGUCAGAUGCCACGAAGCCUCCCUCUGUCCCAGUACCACUGAAAGUGAAUAAACUCUGGAGGGUCAGCUUGGA